GGACUUCGUUGUGAUAUGUGGAAGGUGAGGGGCUUUUACGCAAAAAUACAUCCACUAACUCUUUACCCCUCGAACCCUAGCCGCCGCCAGCUGCUCCCUCUCCCUCUCCCGCUCCCUCUCUCGCGCCGCCGCCGCCGCCGCCUCUGCCUCCCCCGUCGCCUCGCGCCGCCACCACCCCCUCGCGCCGCCACUACCACUCCCGCUGCUGUUGCCGGCCCCUCAAACCCUAGCGCCUCCUCCUCCGCCACUACCGGCGCCGUUUCUGAGCGCCUCCCCUCACGCCGCCGUCUCCGCCUCCACCUCCGCCGCCGCCGCCUCCACCCCCACCGCCGCCGCGUCCACCUCCACCGCCGCCACCUCCGCCUCCCCCUUGUGCCGUCGCCGUCGCCGUCGUCGAGAGCAGCCUUGUCCGCCUCCGCCACCACCGUCAACGUCGCCUCUGUGCGAUCUCUGUCGGUUGGAGCUCAAGCUGAGUUUCUUCACCGCGCGCGCGGCUGCCAUCUACACCAGAUCGGUGGCGGAUCGGGCAAACGGGUUCCAUUACAGCAGGGGGAUCUACUGGCGGCGCAAACAAGCUCCAGAUACGGCAGCGGCUGCGUCUUCAAGGCGACGGCCUUGAAGCUCCUCCUGCCCCUCGUCUUCCUGCUCGGUCUCCAUCGCCCCGCAGGGCAUGGAUCGGAGGAGCACGAUGCGGUUGUCAUUAGCACUGCAUUGGGGUUUAGCUAGCACAAGCAUCUGGAUGGGAGGAUGAAGCACAAGCUACUGAAGGCCUUACAUUGUUGCUUUGCUUUCAUCCUAGCUUAGACCCGAUUUUCAACUAACAUGUUUUUUUGGACAAAAAGGUACUAAUUUACCCUUGUGCUACUCUAUGUAUAAAUGUAUAUAUCUUUCCAAUAAGCAG